AUGGAACUGUCCUUAGAGGAACUAAGAAGAAAAAAACUAACUAACCUGUCGCAAAGUCCUUUUCAACAAACUAAGUUUAUCAGAACUAACAGUAUUGAAAAGAUUAUUUACUCACUUUCUCAAUUUAGUAAAGAAGAAUUAGCCGAAAAGAAAGAAAAAGCAAGCAUUGCAGGAAGAAUACUAAGAAUAAGGAACUUUGGCAACUUGACUUUCUCUAAUUUAACUGACCAAACCGGAACUAUUCAGUUAAAAAUUAGUAAAAAUAAAGAAUUUACUGAAUUAGAUAUUGGUGAUAUUAUUGGCGUAAAAGGAACUAUAUGUAAAACCGAUAAAGGUGAGUUAAGCAUCGAAGUAGAAGAAUUUACCUUAUUAAGCAAAUGUUUAAAACCACUUCCAGAUAUCCAUUAUGGAUUUAAUGAUAUCGAAGAAAGGUUUCGCAAGCGUUAUUUAGACUUCAUUAUCAAUUCUGAAAAUAAAAAAAUUCUGAUUAUUCGGCACAAGUUAAUUCAAAGUAUUCGCCGGUUUUUAGAUGAAAAAGAAUUCAUCGAACUAGAAACGCCCAUUUUAGUUUCUGAAGCUUCUGGAGCCCAAGCUAAACCAUUCAUUACUCAUCAUAAUAAAUUGCAUCGAGAUUUUUACUUACGAAUUGCCACGGAAAUCCCUUUAAAAACCCUCUUAGUAGGAGGAUUUGAAAAAAUUUAUGAAAUAGGAAGAAUAUUCCGCAAUGAAGGGAUAGAUGCUCGCCAUAAUCCAGAAUUUACCACUAUUGAAGUUUAUCAAGCCUAUGAAAAUUCUGAGCAUAUGAUGAACUUAACCGAGAAGAUAUUUCAUUAUCUGGCCAAAGAAGUUUUGAAAAAAGAAGAGUUUGAGUUUAAUUCUCAUAAUAUUUCGUUAAAAGAAAAUUUUAGAAAACUAUCAAUGAUAGAAGCAGUUAGAGAAUAUACAAACAUAGAUCUUUCUCACAUAAAUAACCUAGAAAAAGCCUUAGAACUAGCCCAAAAACAUAACUUGAAAUUAGAAAAAUUUCAAAGCAGUAUUGGACAGAUUAUUUUGGCCUUUUUUGAAGAGUUUGUGGAAAAAAAGUUAAUUCAACCGACUUUUAUUUAUGAUUAUCCGAUAGAAGUUUCACCCUUAGCCAAAAGCAAAGUAAAUAAUAAAAAUAUCGCUGACCGGUUUGAAUUAUAUAUUGGCGGAUUGGAAUUUGCUAAUGGAUAUAGCGAGUUAAAUGACCCUAUCGAACAGAAAAAGAGAUUUGAAGAACAAGCUAAACAAAAAGAGUUAGGGAAUGAAGAAAUUGCUAGUUUUGAUAAAGAAUUUUUAGAAGCCUUGGAGUAUGGUAUGCCUCCGGCCGGAGGAUUAGGGAUUGGGAUUGAUAGGCUAAUAAUGUUGUUUACCGGUCAAAAUAGUAUUAAGGAAGUGAUUGCUUUUCCGCAAUUAAAAAGUAAAGAAAAAUAA